AUGGCUUCUACUGACAAGACCAUUGUCCUCAUCACUGGCGCAAACACCGGCAUCGGCUUCGAACUGACUAAACAACUCCUCUCCCACGCAUCCAAACACGUUCUCCUCGGUAGCCGCAGCGCCUCCAAAGGCUCAAAAGCCGUUCAAGACCUCCAAUCCCAAAAUCUGCCAGGAACCGUUGAAUUCCUCCAAAUCGACGUCUCGAAACAAGACUCCAUUGUCGCCGCCGCCAAGCACGUCAAGGAAACCCAUGGCCACCUAGACGUCCUCGUUAACAACGCUGGAAUCUUCUCAUCUGGCGAUCCAGACACCACAGAUAUCCAGUCCCUCGUCGACGCCUUUACUACAAACGCCGCUGGUCCUUUCGCCAUCGUAAAAGUUUUCGAACCGCUUCUCUCUCUCGUUUUCGCGAGCACCCCACGCAUCAUCAACAUAUCCUCAGCCCUCGGUUCCAUCUCCACACGCCUCAAUAAAUCGAGUCCCAUCUACGCCUUCAAAUCGUACGCCUACCGCUUGAGUAAAGCGGCGCUUAACAUGGCGACUGCAGCUCAGCAUGCAGAGUAUCUAGGUAGAGGGUGGAGGGUAUUUGCGUUUUGUCCUGGUAUCACGCAGAGUGAAAUGACGAGGCGCAUCAAUGUGUAUGAUGGGGCGAAACCGACGAGUCGGGGUGCGGCGCCGUUGGUUGGGAUUGUUGAUGGGGAGAGGGAUGCGGAUGCGGGGAGGUUAUUGACAGCGGAUACGGAGAGUGGGGUGUAUAUGAGUGAAAUCGCACUAUUAUAUGGCUAUUCGAUGGAAGAGCUACCAUAUGUCUUAUAG